UGUAACCUGGCAGUUAGAUAUACAAGAUAACGACACGGUAACGAAAUAUGAUCUUUUCUUGACGCGUUUACUUAUAUAUAUACAAACACAAAAACAGUGUUUGCGCGUGCAUUUUGCAGGAGCGAGAAGAAAGGAGGCAGACUGGAGUUGAGUUACAGUACAAGAGAACUCUAAAGCUAGCGCUGCAUGUGUAGUGUAACCUGCACGGAAUUACAUUUGAAGACGCGUUAAACGCAUAUUUUUAGUUUGUUUAUACUGUUGUUUUAUAUCAGGUGCGUAUGGUGGUGCAUGUGCAGAAUACUGUAAAUUUGGCCUUGCUGGGGGUGUCUGAUGUAACGCUAACGUUCUAAUAGGCUAUUAGUGCUUUGUUGCUAAUGGUAAUAGAUUUGUUUACAUGCCCAAAUCCGGAUUGGCUUUGUGUGUUCGUUGCUGUGUGUUCAGGAGAAAUCGGUACUGUGUUGUUGAACUGAAUCUAGCACACGGCUGUUGCUCCGCCAGAUCCACGCAUGCUACUUUAGCGAGGUUAUAGCUAACACACCGCUGAACGGUGCUUCCAGAAGUGUAUUUAUCACACGAGCAUGACGGGAGAUCUACAGAGAUGACCGUAACCGAAUAAAAAUGCGUUAUUAAGUGCUAUAGGAUCAGGCGGAAGACGGAAAGCUGAUGGCUGUGUGCCGUUAGCUCCCAGUAGCUCUCAUAGGCCACGUCGCCUGUGUGUGUUGAUGUGUUUGAUCUACUGACAGUGGCGUUGCAUGAAUGCAAACAAGGAAAAGCCAGAAGUCGCCAACUGUGCGGAAGGGACUGAGGAAUCGUCAAAGUAGUUGUGUCACCAACUUCAGGACAUCUCAAGGUUGCUGUAAGCCGAAUGGGGAAGAACUUAUCUAUUUAGAUAACUUGACAGAGCAGUGACCACAUCACUCGUAUUUUAACGUACGGCGCUCACACAAAGCCAGAGACCGUAAUCUGUGCGCCUGUUCGAUUACGCGAUGAUUGGCUUCGGCGCGAAUCGACGUGGAGGUCGCCUCCCUUCCUUUAUCUUGAUCGUGUUAUUGGUAAUUAUCGUCAUUUUGUCGUUUAACUACUGGAGCGUGUCCACUAAGCACGGGCGGCUGCUGGACGAGCUGGCCGAGGUGCAGACUCAGGUGAAGCGCACGGACGCGGCGCGCUCCCGCCUGGAGAAGAGAAACUCCGAGUUGAUGAUGCAGGUGGACACGCACCGGAAACAAAUCGAUCAGAAGGACGGAGACUACAGCGUACUGGAGAGCAAACUGCAGGCCAGGGAUGCGCUGGUCAAAUCUUGCACCGAUGAAAAGAAUAAGCUGCAGAAUGAUGUCAGUGCCCAAAUGUCAGAGAUUCACAGACUCAAGGAACAGGUAAAGGAGUUGAGACAGGAGGUCAUCCGACAGGAAGACCAGCUGAGGGAAGUGCGGAAAAACAGCACCAAUAUGGAGAAGAAGCUGGAAUAUGAGAGCUUGCAGUGUGGCAGACAAAUAACCGAGCUGAAGGCAGAAUAUGAGGAGAGCAAAAAAAGAGUGGAAGAAGAGGCAGCAAAACUCAGACAGAGUUUAUUAGAGAAUCAUAAAGCGGAUGCAGGGGAUCGGCAGGUGAAGGUGGAUCUUGAUCAGCCCAUCAAAAGAAAAGAGGAUGACACUGCAGAGCGCCACACAGUGGCUGCACGACGAAAUGAUGGCCCAGUUCCUAAAGAUGAUAUGGUUAAACCUGGUAGCGAUGCUGGCAUGCCUGGCAUUGAGGACAGUGAAGUGGGCAAGAUAGAAGAUGCACAGUUUGCCUUAAAGAAGCCAGCCAUCACACCACAGAAACACAUGGAGCCUGCGGAGGCUGCAGCACUGCUGAAGGAGGAGAGGGCAGGGUUUGGUGCUGGAGCUGGUGCAAGACCAGGGGAUGAUUUGGCCCAUGGGCAACCGCUGGACCGUCCAGACAUACCCCAUGAUGAAAACCUGCGUUUGGGGAACCGUGACAUCCCUGUGCAGCAGCAGGUUCCAAAACCAGUGGCUGACAAACCCAUGCUGUUUGACGAGGAUAAUAAGGCAGACAUAAAGGCAGAUGAGUUUGGGGAGCAGCGCAGACAGCUGGGAGCUGAAGGUUUGAAGGCAGAGGGAGUUGGACCUCCUCCUCCUCAUAACCCGGCUCAGGUUCUUCCCAAACCCGUUGACCUGCACAAUGGCAGAGAUCCUGUGCCCGCUGACCCCCCGCGUCACCGUCAGAGCCGUUUCUUUGAUGAAAAUGAGUCCCCUGUAGAUCCGCAACACGGCAAUAAGCUAGCGGACUAUAACGGGGAUGAUGGCAACGUAGGUGAGUAUGAGGCGGACAAGCAGGCCGAGCUGGCCUACAAUGAGGAAGAGGAUGGUGAUGGUGGGGAGGAAGACGUCCAAGAUGAUGAAGACCGGGAGGCUCCAGGUGAAAGGGCCCUGGAUUACGGAAAGCGACAUCAAGCCAUUGAUGUGCUGUAGUCCCAUCUCUCAAAUAUCCCAUACUUUGAGCUUUGGAUGUUUCUGACAAUGAAGUAGCCAAGAGAGGAUAAAGAGCUUUGGAUUUUAGCUGUGUUUUUGGUGUCAUGUACAAUUGGAGACGUUCAGACUAUUCAAACUAUUUCAGUGUCUUCAGAGAGGAACGAGUUUCAGCAGUUAUGGCUGUGAAAUCAAUGACUGCGGAUGAGUUUUAUUCAACUUCAGUGCGACAAAGUGAUUUCAUGAUCUUCUGCAAAUGUUUGCUUGCACAUGACCUGAUUUGAGAGUAUUUUUUUUUUUCUUCAGCCCCCAUCUGUAGCACAGGUCUAACAGAAUUGGGUUUUGGAAUUAUAUUGUACAAAUGUGUUUUUCUUUUUCUGGGGGGGAUAAUAAAAUACCUUCUCCAGACACUGGAGGACGCUACUGUGAAUAGAUAAUAUGGAAGUAAUAUUUCUCUGUUUGAUUCACAAAGUGGAACAUAUUGAUACUACUGGUGGAAGGGACCUCUAGAACACCAGUUGUGUUUUUUUUGCUAAAAAGCCUAAUCUCCCUUUAUCUUUUUGGACAACUGUUGUUGAAUUGAAGUGUAAAUUAUGGGAAGAUGCAAUUAAGUUGCUGUUCAACUUUAACCUUUCUCUGGUACAAAAUGAUACAGAUUAGCCAGACAAUAAUCUUUUUUUUUUUUUUUUAACUACUUUGUUUCUGAUUCUGAAGGAGUACUCAAAGGUGCACAUUGAGUUUUAUAAGGACAUUGUUGCAUGCAAAAGGCAGCCUUUGUAAAUCAGCCUGUAGAUCAUCAAGAAAAUGGAAAAAAGCAAUACUCAGUGCCACAGACUAAACUGACCACAGCUGUCAGCUUGCUUCCUUUCUUACUGGUAGCUGUAGAUGUACAAUACAUAUAAGGAGGAAUCUGUGACGAGGGAUGCUGUAAAAUUGCUAAACUUUCAAAUGGAAAUGAUCAUAUACCUAACUGUUUGUGUUUGUUUCAUAAUCAAGCAAAUUUGGUGGGGUUGGCAUACUGAAUGUACUCUUAUAGCUUGUGAUUGUUUUUGAGCUCUGUCACAUGGGUGUUUGGGCUCUCUUACACAGCUGUGCAGUGCAAGCCAUGGAUAACGAUUAACAAAAUUCUUUAUAUUUAAAAUAAACUGGUCCUGUUUUGGAAAAAGUACAAAUUCUAUCACUGUGAAGUAUAGAAAGUAGUAGCAUCAAGAAAAGCACCCAGAAGUCUUCAUUAAUUUGUCCCAGGCUGCUUUACAAACAAAUGACUACAUUACUGUAACAAUAAACGAUUUUUUCCGUAGA